GUCAGCAGCAUCAGUAGAGAGACAAGUAAGCUGCUGCGUGCGCUGAGCACAGACAAGGCGACGGAGGAGCACAGCUCACCUUUAAAUACUGUGACAAGCGAUCUCAGUAGCAAAGGGUCAUUGAAGCUCGGGUGGGAGGAGGUUGCCAGGGCUAGCCUAAAAGUUGGGGAGGGGGGACUUGUCCCCCCUGUCCCCUCCAUUGUUCGCUCGUAUGUCUGUAGCGAAGCGAGCACUGCUCCGUUUUUUUAUGUUGCACUGAGCUAUGCGCAUGCGUAGCACUUCAGAAUUACUGCACUGGUCACAAUAAGUUGGAUGUCUUCUGCUCUUCACCGAAAGCCCUAAAUCAUAUCAAAAGCUAAAGGGAUGUUGAGAUUCAAGAAAAGAGGUUACGUCGGGAUCUGGUCACUCCAGAUUAUAAUAGCAAUAGUCUGUGCACAGAGUGCCAAUGAUCCCAGCAAUAUGUCACUGGUUAAAGAGACGGUUGAUAGACUCUUGAAAGGCUAUGACAUCCGUUUAAGGCCAGAUUUUGGAGGUGCCCCUGUGGCGGUGGGAAUGAACAUAGAUAUUGCUAGUAUAGACAUGGUAUCAGAAGUCAAUAUGGACUAUACACUGACAAUGUACUUUCAGCAGGCAUGGAGAGAUAAAAGGCUUUCUUAUUCUGUGAUUCCUUUAAAUUUGACCUUGGACAAUAGAGUGGCAGAUCAGCUGUGGGUUCCUGAUACAUACUUUCUAAAUGACAAGAAGUCUUUUGUUCACGGUGUUACAGUCAAGAACAGAAUGAUUCGCUUGCAUCCUGAUGGCACAGUAUUGUAUGGUCUAAGGAUUACAACCACAGCAGCAUGCAUGAUGGAUCUCAGAAGAUAUCCGCUGGAUGAACAGAACUGUACUUUAGAGAUCGAAAGUUAUGGUUAUACAACUGAUGACAUUGAAUUUUAUUGGAGAGGUGGCAACCAUGCUGUCACUGGAGUUGAAAGAAUUGAACUGCCACAAUUUUCAAUUGUAGACUACAAGCUCCUCUCAAAAAAUGUUGUAUUUUCAACUGGUUCCUAUCCAAGAUUAUCUCUUAGCUUUAAGCUGAAAAGGAACAUCGGCUAUUUCAUCUUGCAGACAUACAUGCCCUCUAUUUUGAUAACUAUUCUGUCAUGGGUUUCUUUCUGGAUUAACUAUGAUGCCUCUGCUGCCCGCGUUGCCUUAGGGAUCACAACUGUUCUCACUAUGACAACUAUCAACACUCACCUUCGAGAAACACUACCUAAAAUCCCUUAUGUGAAAGCCAUUGAUAUGUAUCUUAUGGGAUGUUUUGUAUUUGUUUUCAUGGCAUUGCUGGAGUAUGCUCUUGUCAACUACAUAUUUUUUGGUAGGGGGCCACAGAGGCAAAAAAAGGCAGCAGAAAGGGCCGCCAGUGCCAAUAAUGAGCAAAUGAGAAUGGAACUUAAUAAGAUGGAUCCACAUGAAAAUAUUUUACUUAGUACACUUGAAAUUAAAAAUGAAAUGGCAGCAUCAGAAGCUGUGAUGGGUCUUGGUGAUCCAAGAAGCACCAUGCUAGCUUAUGACACCUCCAGCAUCCAGUACCGAAAAGCCGGAUUACCAAGGCAUAGCUUUGGGCGCAAUGCCUUAGAACGACAUGUGGUACAAAAAAAAAGCAGACUACGGAGACGUGCAUCCCAGUUGAAAAUAACCAUACCUGACUUGACUGAUGUAAAUGCCAUUGACAGAUGGUCACGCAUGAUCUUUCCCGUGGUUUUUUCAUUCUUCAACAUUGUCUACUGGCUUUAUUAUGUGAACUAAGACUAAAAGCCAUGCAAUAGACAAGAACUGGAUGUCUGUUCGGUUUAUGUGUGAAACAAGUGGGGCUUAGAACAAAACAAAAAAAACAUAUUCAGGACACAAGCUGUUUUAAAACACCUUAGUUGCUGGCAGGUUUCACCAUUCUAUAUGUUGUAUAAAGUCAAUAAAGACUCAUUAGACGCAUAAUUACCUCCCAUCUCCUUUAGGAGUUCUAAGGUGGCUUUUAUAUACAUGAUAAGGCUUUUCCCUGUGUGCAUAAAAGUGUACUGAAGAUUGUCUCAUAGUUUACAUGUUUGAUUAAUGCAUCUGAUAUUAACUAUUCAUUCUUCCUAACACUUUAAUACAAUAACAAGCUAACGUAUCUAUUGCACCUACAUUUGUUUUCGUAGAUAUUUUACUUGUAUUGCUAAUUUAUUUUUUUAUACACAUAAACUUGAAAAAUGUUGUGCCUCUUGUUGA